UUUGACUUCGACAGAUUGACGAUUUUGACAAAUAUUUUGGACAAGUUUUUAUUCAUUCUAAUUGAAAUAAAUUGAUUGGUAGUUAAUUGGAUCAAAGAUUAAGAUAUUGGUUGUUUUUAAAUUAAAUAUUCCCUGAUUUGACAUUAAGUCCCCUAUAUUUGACACAUCACACGAAAUAUUCCUUGAUAUUUAGUUGGAGUCUUAGCAAAGUCUUAAAGUCCAAGGUUCAAUUUAAAUCUGUUACUGCAAACUUUACAAAUUUCCAGAAUGAAUGCCUUGCGACUGUUUAUUCGAAAUGGCAGACAAAUUCGUCCAAAUAUCAGGCCAAUGUCUGCGCAAGCAGGACCUCUGGUGGACUUGUCAGUUGAUGAUGAAGGCAUAGCCACCCUCACAAUGCAACGUCCUCCAGUCAACAGCCUCAAUUUAGAACUUGUUCAAGAAAUAGAUAAAGCUCUUGAUGAAGCAGCUAAAAAUAAGUCAAAAGGAGUGAUCUUAACCUCGUCAUCAAAAUCAGUAUUUUCGGCAGGAUUGGAUAUUAUGGAAAUGUAUAAGCCCGAUCGCAAGAGGGUAGAACUAUUUUGGACCUCACUUCAAGGGCUCUGGUUAAAAUUGUUUGGAUCCAAGUUUGUCACUGCUGCUGCUAUAAAUGGUCAUGCGCCAGCUGGUGGAUGUCUCCUAGCUAUGUCUUGCGAGUACAGAGUAAUGGUAAAUGGUAAAUUUACAACGGGACUCAACGAAACUGCUCUGGGAAUUGUUGCACCUAGAUGGUUCAUGGACACAAUGUGUAAUACAAUAUCUAGGAGGCAAGCUGAGGUUGCUCUUACAACCGGUAAAAUGUUCACUGUUGAAGAAGCAUUAAAGGUGGGAUUAAUCGACGAGACAGCUACUGACAAAGCAGAUAGUAUAGAGAAAUGCAAAGAAUUUAUUGAGAGGUUCGAUACAAUCCCUCCAUUAGCGCGGGCUCUUACCAAACAGAAGAUAAGAGGAGACGCUCUUGCUUGGCUACAAAAAAAUCGUCAGGCAGAUCUCGAAGAGUUCCUAACAUUUGUCACCAAUCCUAAAGUACAACAGUCACUGGAAAUAUACUUAGAGAUUCUGAAGCAAAAGUCUGCAAAGAAAUAAUGGUUUCACUAUAUUCCUGAUCAUGUUAUUAUACACCACAUUAAUGUGUUACAUAUAUUGUUAUCCAAUAUUUACAUAUUUUUGAUUAAUUUUCACAAUUUGAAUUCUACCCAAAUGUAUCAUAUUAAUAAUGUCUUUAACUCUGCGUCAUCUACUCUAUAACUGAGUAGUAUUCGUACUAUGGUUACAAGACAACUGAUUGAUAUACUUAAGCAUAUUUUUAAAAAUAUUUGCAUUAUAUGCAUUGCCCAGUGUUAACUGCUGUCAUAAACGCUGCAAUGCAUCUGUAACUGCGUUAUUCGUUUAAGUAUGGUUUAUACUAUAGUUACUAGAGAUUAUUAAAUUUUUAUUUGUUGUUAAAUAAUGUUAUUCCAUUUAUACACGAAAAUAAAAAUUAAAUUAUCGCUUCUGAUUAUUUAUUGAGCAUUAUAAUUAUAUUAAAAUCAGGCUGAUAAGCUAAGAUGCCGGAAAAAUAUCUUUAUACUAACUUUUACCAUACAAAUUUAUAACAAAAAUGGUGUGCCUCAAACAAGCUCCAUAAUUUGAAACUAGUGAAAAUGUAUGUAGUAAGACUGUGUUAUUUAAAAAAAAUGUGAUUUUAUAUGAAAUACAUUUUCAAAAGAC